UUUUUCAUUAACUCAAUGACAAGCGUUAAGUUAUACUAUGUUUGGUUCCAGGAUCUGCCCCGGGACGGGUCGAACCCGGCGCUGAUCUACGGCUAUGGAGGGUUCAACAUCAACAUCCAGCCGAGCUUCAGCGUCACGCGGCUCGUGUUCAUGCAACACUACAAUGGAAUUAUCGCCAUACCCAACAUCAGAGGCGGCGGUGAGUACGGCGAGCGGUGGCACAACGGCGGCCGGCUGCUCAACAAACAGAACGUGUUCGACGACUUCCAAGCGGCUGCCGAGUACCUGAUCGCGGAGAAGUACACGCGCGCGUCGCUGCUGACGUCACAGGGCGGCUCCAACGGCGGCCUGCUCGUCGCCGCCUGCAUCAACCAACGGCCCGACUUGUACGGCGCCGCCAUUGUCCAGGUCGGUGUGCUGGACAUGCUGCGGUUCCAGAAGUUCACGAUCGGUCACGCGUGGGUGUCCGACUACGGCAGCUCAGAUAACAAGACGCAGUUCGAGUACCUGCUCAAGUACUCGCCGCUGCACAACAUCGUCGCGCCUGUAGAUGAGCGGCACCAGUACCCGGCGACGCUGGUGCUGACGGCGGACCACGACGACCGCGUGGUGCCGCUGCACUCGCUGAAGUUCGUGGCGGAGCUGCAGCACGUGGCGGGACACUCGCGCGCGCAGCACCGCCCCCUGCUGGCGCGCGUCGACACCAAGGCCGGCCACGGCGGCGGCAAACCUACCGCCAAGAUUAUCGAGGAACACACAGACAUUUUGUGCUUCAUGACACAAGCGCUAGAUCUAAAGUUUGUGAAGUAACCCACCUGCCAUAUUAAAUAGUAUUAACUGUACGAUUGCACAUAGUAUUAUGUAAAUAUACCACAAACAGUGAAUCGAUGAUUACCUCGGAGUCUUUUAAGACUGGUUAUCGCUUACCUAAUUAAAUACUGAGACAUCUAAAAGAAUCAGUGCCUUAUAAGCCAUAUUUUGAGACUCAAAUGUUCCGUUAUACUCCUCACUCGCGAUAAGAACUAUAAUAUUUUGUUAUCUAUUUGUAUCGACGCAUUUUGAGAUGUCUCACUAUGGAACUUAGGCCAGUGAUUGUAUUGUUACGCAUUGCUACUAUUUUUUUUUAUUAAUAAAACAUUGUUUUUAUUUUUGA